AUCCAAUGAAAAGGAGUUCAAUGUAAUGAGUAAAUAUUUACAAAAUUUUCGAGCAAAAAUAAAAUAAAAUAAUGAAUUUUUGUCUAUUUCAGAAUUUUUAUCGGAUGUCGUUUUCCUGAGUUACAGUCUAAAUGAAUGUCACAGAACAAGAUAUCCGGGAUGCAACAUUUACUCAUGGAAUUGACGUGUAUUAUCCACCUAUUCUCAUCGUCUUGGGAGUAGCAUGUAAUAUCUUAGUUCUCCUUGUAAUGAGGACACGCUAUUUUCGUUACCAACCUUCUUCCGUUUACAUGAUCGCUGGAUCUAUAAAUGAUAUUUUUAGCUUGUCAAUCUCUAUGACAACGCAUUGGUUGCAUGUGACAUUUGAUGUUUAUUCUAGGGACAAAACACGCUAUAUUUGUAAAUUUUUAGAUUUUUACGGCUGGGGAAAUUGUGAUUUGGGAAUAUUAAUUACAACAGCGAUGACAAUUGAUAGGGCACUUGCAAUAAAAUUUCCAUUGAAGAAGAAUGACAUAAGUACAUUUAGAAGAGCGAAAAUAGCAAUUUUUGUUGUGACUGUGAUAACAUUUGCCAAGGAAUUUCACUUCUUUAUCGGAUCUGAUAUGGUGGAAGAAGAUAGAAGUGAAAGACUGUGUGACGUCUAUCCGAAAUCAGACGCUUACGAAUAUUUUUGGACAAAAAUUUGGCCGUGGUUUCAUUUAUCAUUUCUGGUCAUCUGUUUUAUUUUAAUGUUUAUAAGUAACAUUGUUUUAUUAUGUUCAAUAUGGAAAUCAUCACACAGAGAAAUCCUUAAUUCGGUAGAAAAACUCAAGUUCGAUAGAUCAUUUGUUAGAGGUAACAAACAGGUUCAGACGAUAACGCCUAUGCUUAUUGGCGAAUCUAUAGUUCUUCUUCUUCUUACAUUCCCAUUUUCGACACAGCUUUUCAUAUCAGGUUACGACUCAACGUAUUACCAAACAGCCACAACGCAUUUUGUGUUUUCGUUGACAUUUUAUAUGUUAUAUACAAAUAAAUGCGUUAAUUUUUUCGUAUAUUUAGUAACUGGACAUCGAUUCAGAUUAGGACUAAAAGAACUUAUAACCAUGUGUUGCUACGGAAAAAAGAAAUUUAGGCAAAGUUUGUACCAGAGUACCUUAGGUCACAUGGCGUUCUCAAAGCCUCGUAUUCAUUCCAGCGGGGAACAUAAUACAGUUUUCGAACAAGAUGCCCUAUCUUCUCGUUCGGCUAGUGAAACAAAUAAUAAUUCAAAGUCGGACCAAGAAAAGACUGGAUUAACAAUUUUGUCGAAACAGAGCGAGAUGAAUUUGCAGUUAAUAAGCUCAAUAAUUUCACGAGACAGUGCUAAAAAAUCAUGCCCUUGCAAGGCUAAUGCAACUUUAGACUUAUCAGGUGAUUCAAUACGUGUUGUUCUAAGUAACAAUAGAGGAGUAACUGAGUGCUCAUAUUUGUAGUCUUAAUUUUAUUUAUUAUAUCGGUGUUUAACUGACUUUGUGCAAUCGAAUGAAAUUUGAAUAUUUAGUGCCAGACUGCACUUUGAAUUUGUUUAUCAGAAAUGUGUUCUUUACAUUAAAGAUAAACGUCUUA